GAAUCUUUUAAAUUUGCGAAAUUAAAGUGACGCGAAAAUUAAAUAGUGCCUUUUGAGAGCUCUCCACAAUCCUUUGCGCGACACGCGCUUCAUUUUAUAGGGGACAAAUCGGCGGGCUUAUAUAAUGGAAUAAAUAAUAAAGGAGUGUUUUCAGCAUGUUAGACAAAGGAUCAUGCGAAAAAGCCGUCUCUUUUGUCUUCUUCAUUAUUUAACGGACAUGCAAGCAGCAUUUAAUCCUCAAUAAAGAUUCACUAAUAAUAAUUUCUUGAAAUAGUUCUGGUAAUAUUUUGUUCCUCUCAAGUCCAUUUUUCAACUAAAUACUAUAUAUUGGAAAGCGAAAAUAGAAAAGUGAUGAACAAUUUUUUCGUAUUGGGAUUUACAAGAAAUAAACCUUAUUUUGGUGAGGUAUCUUUUAAAAAACAGGUUUUGGCCUUUACUUAGCAGCACUGUUGAAUUUCCCAUAAUGAUGAGAAAAUAUUAUUUUUGAGUUAUUCUUUGAAUAACUUAAGCACGCAGAUGUCCACAUGAAUAUUUAAUGGGGUUUGAUGAUAAUGAAUAAUUUCUCGGAUAUUUUGCCCUUCGCUGUCGAUGUUGACACUGCAAUGAACUUCUUCUCCAAAAGAAUCUUCUCUUUUGAAACUCUGUGUGCAUUACUGGCUGUGCUGUUAGUAAUCUUGGUUGGUAACAAUUUGAUCUCCGGGCAGCAAUGUGACGCAGGAGAUCCAGAGCUACCGUUCGACACCCGUGAACCAAUGAAAGGCAUCAAACUGAGUGGCAUGGCGCCCUGGCGAACUGUACUCGUCCAAGACCUCUUACACUGCGCCGAGCUGUGCAAGAAAAGAAGGUCGUGCACCGUGUACAAUGUUGGGCCAUUGGACACGACUGGGCUGGUGCGGCCGUGUGAGUUGUAUGACGGGCCUGUGCUGGUAAAGGAGGACCAGACCACUAAUAACCCAGACUGGUACCUUGGGGGACGCCAGUGCGAUGUCGGUAGCGGUUGCACAAAUGGUGAAGAAUGCAUUCAGUUCGGGUCCAGGAAGUCUCCAGAAAAUAAAUGCAUCCCAGGAUGUGUUUUCAACCAAUACCCCCUGGGGAUGGAAGAUGGCAGAAUUCCAGACUCAAGCAUUACGGCUUCGUCGUCUUGGAAUUCUGGCCUCUCCCCUCAUUACGGACGCCUUAACAACCAACUGGUGAGGGGUCAACACAGCGGCGCAUGGGCAGCCAGGAAUCUACGAACAGGCGAGUACCUACAGGUGGACCUGGGUCGAGUCAUGUGGGUUACCCAUGUAGCAACGCAGGGGCGCCCACAAGGAAGUAGCCAAUGGGUGACCGAGUACAGUGUGGAAUACAGUCUGACGGGAGAUCAGUGGCAGAGUUACCAAGACGAGAAUGGCGUGAUUAAGGUGUUCCCUGGCAACUCCGAUAAGACCACUGUGGUGAAGCACGAGUUCUUCCCUGUCAUCAAAGCGCGUUUCGUCAGGAUUGUAGUACGGGCUUGGCAGGAACAUAUCACUAUGAGAGCGGAGUUUUACGGGUGUGAAGCAUGACUUAAAAACUGGAACCAUACCAGGCCCGUACCCAGGAUUUUAUUUGGGGGGGG